AACUAAAAGUGAUCAUGUGAUCAUCUAUGUACUGACUUUCGAGACUUAUAAGGAGGACGAAGGCGUUCUUCAUCAUGUCCUGGACUGUUAACAAUAGAUUCUGGGAAAAAGGGAACAUCAGGGGUGUGUGUUUGUGUUUGUAGUGUGUGCGGCGAGUUUUGUGAGUUAGUGUUCGACCAUCUUUAAAAAGCUCUGUCUGGCUGAAUAGAAGGAAGUGGCUCUGACUUCCCCAGGAAAUGGGAAGAGGAAACCCGGGGGCUUCGACCUCUCUGGCUGCAGUGGAGCCACAAGACGACUCACAGGAGAGGGAGAGAAGGGGAAGGAGGGAAGGGUGGAGGGUAGACAGAGAGAGAGAUACUGCCUUUCAUUGUGCGCCCUCCGUCUGGAAGGAGAACAAGUUGAGAGGAAAGAAAGAAGCCAGGAACAGACUGGACAUAAGAGACGUGAGACAGAAAGGUAUUUGGCUCCUGGUUUUGGGUUCGGGCUUUGUGUGGAGAUGAAUCUUCUCCUCGGAGCUCUGAGUGCUCUGCUCUGCUGCUCGUUGUCCUCCUCACACACACUGGAUCCUGCUGGUAGGAACGUCUGCCACAACAUCAGGGACCCCUCCACCCUGGUCUGUUGCACUGGAUGGCGUCAAGAGGGAAAAGAGUGCACUAUACCUGUGUGUGAGGGCGAGCAGGCCUGCCUAAAGAAUGAGAUCUGUGUGUAUCCUGGAGUGUGUCGAUGCCCACCUGGCUACUACGGAGCUCAAUGUAAAACACGCUGUCCUCCUGAGUUCUGGGCCUCAGACUGCCGCCAGGUGUGUCAGUGCCACCCACACGGCCGCUGUCACCCCGUCACCGGUGAGUGCACCUGCAACCCUAACCGCUGGGGUCCGCUGUGUCAGUAUGCCUGCAAGUGCGCCCGGCACGGCCACUGCCACCCCGUCCACGGAAACUGCACCUGCGACGAGGGCUGGUGGAUGCCGACCUGCUCCAAGCCUUGCCAGUGCGUCAGCGGGGGAUCUGUGGGCCCCGGCUGUGACCAGCUAACGGGCUGGUGUCAGUGCCACAGGGGCCACUGGGGGCUGAAAUGUCCCAUCACUUGCAACUGCUACCUGUCACCAUGUAAUCAGCGUACCGGUGUGUGUGUUUGCGAGGCAGGCUGGUGGGGACCCAGCUGUGACCGGCGAUGUAACUGUGACCUCACACACAGCAGCUGUGACCUGGCCAACGGGCAGUGCCUGUGCCACCCGGGGUACCAUGGUCUCUUCUGCAACCAGCCCUGUGAAGCUGGGAAGUAUGGCAGUGGUUGUAAAAUGAGUUGUGGUUUCUGUAAAGACAACCAGCUCUGCUCUGCCACUGAUGGUGCCUGCGAUGCCUGUGAGCCCGGCUGGAACGGUACACGAUGCGACCAGCCGUGCCCGUCUGGUUAUUACGGUGACGGCUGCCAGGAGAAGUGUCCACGUUGCAGAAAUAAUGAACCCUGUGACCCAAAAACUGGGAAAUGUUGGAGGUGUGACGCUGGAUGGACUGGACCCAGGUGUGAGGCGGCCUGCUCUAACAGGACGUUUGGAGAUGCCUGCAGCUUCCUGUGUGGCCCUUGUUUCCAUGGGUACUGCCAUCACAUGACAGGAAGAUGUGUCUGUCAGCCAGGCUUUCAGGGAGAGAGCUGUAACAGCAGCUGCCCCGCCCUGCAGUUCGGCCUCAACUGUUCCUCUGCCUGUGACUGUGGUGACGGGGUCCGGUGCCACCCAGUCUCUGGUGUCUGCCCCAACGGUGUCAGAGGUUCUGUACUAGCAGGCGUGCUGGUUCCUAUACUCCUGUUGCUCCUUGCUGUGCUCUGCUGCUGUUUGUGUUGUGGAGGAGGCCCUGUUGAUGGCAAAGACAGGGCAACUGUGGCUGAUGGAGGCUUGUCUGUUCGGAUGAAAUAUCACGUCUACAGCGUCCUGGCUAACAUCGGCGCUGCACUUCCCUGUAUCUCUGACUGGUCCUCUGGCCUGCCUCGUGUCACUGUAUCUCACCAUGACCCAGAGCUGACGUUCAACCACAGCUUCAUUGAGCCUCCUUCAUCUGGCUGGGUGACUGAGGGCUCGUCCUUCGACAGUGACGAGGAGGAGGGAGAGGCGCUCUACUGUGUCCCUCCAAGAGAAGACAUCCCGACGGUAACGGGCAGCGAGUUCCAGGAGAUGAGCUCGAAGUGUAACAUGUUCUUAGACCCAUCCGGCUUCAGCAGUGAGGACAUCACCUUGCCCUUCAACAUCCCUCGCACCUCCAGCAUCGCCAAGUCCAAGAGGCCAUCUGUUUCUUUUGCCGAGGGCACCCGCUUCAGCCCCAAGGAGAGGUGUGGCUCGGCUCAGGACGCUGGAGCUCUCCCUGGACGCAACAAACUCAAGUCACCCUGGGGGGUUUUGAUGCUCUCUGCCCUCCAAAGUCAGGGAGGUGCAGCGAGAACUGGGGAAGAAGAUGGAGCUGAGGGUGAAGAGCGGGGAGAUGAAGUGGAUGUGCAGGAGACAGACAACCAGGAAUCAAGCUGUGAGGUAGAGGACCAGGAAGUAGACAGAACCCCAUCCCGGGCCACCCUGCAGGUCCCCGGGGCAUCAGGACGAAGACGGACUAUGUCCAAUACAGCUGCUCAUAAAGGGAGCCAGCUGCCAACAUCUGCCUCUGAUGCUCAAGCGGGGGUCUCAAAUAAGGUCACCACAGUGUACGUGACGGUGGGUAAGGCAGGUAGGCCCGUGUCGAAACUGGAGUCGAGCUCUGAAGGCCCCGUUCAGGCAGUGCUACGGCGACUCGGCAGCCUCCAGAGACAAAGGGAGCAGGAGUCUGGAAGGCCCAAGCCCAAGGCAGCUGAGGGGAUCACCAAACCACCCAGGAAGAAGCUCGGAGCUCGGGCGAGUUUGUGGGAGCGGGGGGGGUCGUCUGGAGGGGAGGCUGGCGUAUGUAAGCCAAUCAGGAGAAAGCAUGCUUCCCUCAACUCCGCUGACACAGCUGGUGCUAAUGACGCUCCAUCAUCAGAGAGCGGCACUCCAAAAAGGCCACUGUCGUCCAUUUUGCAAAGCGUGCCAGAGGUGGCUUCAGCUGACUCAGGGUCAGAUCUGAGGGCUGAGGGAGACACAAGGCGGGAUGGUGACCCGUGUACAGGAAGAAUUGAGAGCAACUACCUGACUGUGGGACCAGCAGGAGACGCUGCAGGUCUCACUGAGGUCAUCGCCAAUGACGGCGCAGUGGUCAGUGUGAAUGAUGAACCCUGCUAUGAAAAUGUCAUGAUUAAACACUCAUAACCUCUAAGAAACUAAUAUGUCAGCAGGUCUGAUCCAAAAACAAAUGCAUAUUUAUUAUCCUGCACACAGGUAGUAACUACUGUCCAUCUGAGGAAAUUACAGGUCUGUGAUUCUUGAAUUAUGGUGUCAUUUGUUAAACAGUUAUGUACAAGUAUAGCUUGCAUUAUGCAGCAUUAACUUUUAGCCUAAAUUCUACAGAAUACACAUGAAAUUUAUAUUUUAGGUUGAAAGAAAAAGGAAACAAAUAAACUACAGAAUAUCAGAUGUGGUAUUUGGGUAAUUUCUCCUAACAAUACCACUGGUUACAUUCAGUAUCUCAAUUUUCAUAUGAACAAUUGAGCGGUAAUUGUUUUUAUUUGCUCCAGUGUUGAUGUUUUAUUAUCUGUAUUCAUACAAGUACUGUAAUAUCCGUGUCUGCUUCUUGACUCAGAAGGGAUAAGACUGGAGAAUGGUCUUUUAUGGAAAAAAUCACCAGGAAGACAGGAGCAUAUCAUAGUAGUUGUAAAACAUCAUGAACUGUGUUCUUUAUUCAAGCAAAAACAUAUAAUUUAAGCAUGCAAAUACGAUUUGAGUCUGCUCCUGUACUGAUAUUUUUAUUUGUCAUGGAUGAAAAUACAAGUAAGAACAGACUGUAACAAGUUGUAAUAUGUGAUCAAAUGUGACUCACUCUGAAUCAGUACUCAGUACACCCUUUAGACGUCUGUCAAAAGCUGCUACAAUUCAACAAGGCUGCUUUGUCAGUGUAUUAUAGUUUUAUAUUUAGCUCUCUUAUACAAGUCAGUAGAGGUCAGAAAACUGGAAUUGUAAGAAUGUUUUCACAUCUAGAUUACCUUACCUUUUCCAUCAAUAUGAGAAAAUGUUGUUAAUUAACAUAUCGACCAAGUCGCAAAAUGUUGAUACUGAACGCAUUUAGCAAAACGUUCACUUACAACUUUUUAAUUUGCUUUCCAGACAAUGUCCAAUUUUGCAAUACAAUAUCCACUCGCAGCAACUAAAGCAUGACUCUACUGUUUCAUGGUUGUGUUUAGGCACUUACAGCACCUGGUUAAGAGUAGAGAAAGAGAGAUCAUGUUCAAUUUAACUGAAGUCACAACCUUUUCCAAACCUCAACCAAAGCGCUUUUGUUGCCUAAACCUAACCACACGUGAGCCUCAGGAUAUGAACCCGGGGCUCUGGCGUCAAAGUCCUGCACUUUUAUGUAUGUGUGUAUAUAGCGCUUCCUAAACUAGAAAAAACGAUGCCAGGGAACAUAAUUAAAGCAACAAUUGGUAAAACAAAUUUUUGGAUAUUCAACUAAACAACCCCCCUGCCCCUGCACUCUCUCUGCUACUAGAGGAUGGAGAACAAGGGGGAUGCAUUUUGGUCGUUUUGCUAACAAGGGGGAUGGUAUCCCCCCUCAUGUUGCCUACUGGGAACAUCUGCAUGACCCCACGUCAAGAUUUUAUGACCCUUUGGUACAUGAAACCUCCAUCAUGUCAUGAGUGUUUUAUAUUUUCCUAUUCACUGUAUGUUCACAAUUAAUAAUGAAAAUAAACAUUUUAAAAAUUUGUA